AUGGUGUCAAAAGAGAGUAGAUGGAGAAGGAGGCCUCUGCUCCGUGUAAAGACAGGGUGUUUGACGUGUCGGGCACGUAAAAAGAAAUGCGACGAAGGGAAACCCGAUUGCUGUGGCUGUAUUCGCAAUAAGCUCCGCUGUCGGUGGCAGUCGGCGGACAUGGAAGAAAGCCGCAAGGCAUCUGGAUCAUCAGCGGCAACACAGCAUGUUGCAGAUGGUCUGUCUGACGAUACUACACCGGCUACACCUAAAAUGAGGACUGGGGAAGAUGCACCUACAAGGUCUGGAGGCAGUUCUCGACCGCCGUCGACGGUGACUGCCCGGAGCUCGCCUGAAAUCCAAGAGACAGCUGUAAGGCCUUCAACGCCUUCGCUAGCCGCCCAAUUGCAUGAACCAUUGCUGUCGCGACCGACAUUCAUGCCCCAACUUGAUCCUGCCCGCUUCGAGCUUUUUGGAUACUAUAUUCAAACGACAGCAAACAGCAUGGCUAAUGGAGCCAGUAUAUCUAAUCCAUUCAUCGUCCAACUUGUACCACUAGCCUUGUAUAGCGAUCUUAUUUUGGAAUCAAUCCUAUGCCAGAGCUCUGCUCACCGAGCAAUAAGAGGCUCGGAUUCGCCUCAUACUGAGGCUAUAAGGCUUUAUAACAAAUCUUUGAGAUCAUUGCGAAUGGCAAUUAACAAUGUCGUUGCCCCAACACAAGUGGAUCUAUUGUCACUCACAGUCAGUGUGUUGAUUAUGUGUUUUACAGAGACCGCCCGUGGGGACACGAAUGGAACUGUGUUCGACCAUCUCCUAGCCGCCAGGUCUCUUGUGCCGCGCGUUCUCACUCGGCGCGACAUAGCUAUACCCAACGAGCUGAGGAACUUUCUGCUGGAAUACUAUGUAUACACAGCCACCACCAGCCUCAUAUCUAUUGAUGCACAAUUUACUCCACAGUUUCUAUUAUGCGCCGAAUUGCUGCAAGAGGGGCAGGCAUUAGCUACGUCGGGAUAUCUCGGCAGUCUGUGUGGGUGUUGGUUGGGACUGCUCCUGUUUGUACCGCGCAUAUUUGAUUUGCGUCGGACGUGGUUAGGACGCGGUAGAAACAACGUUGUAGCUGAUCAAGUAACGACAUAUGCAACCAUCCACUCGGAGAUUACACAGUGGGAGCCACACCAGUCCGCACGAUAUGAAGUGGCCCUUGCUGGUCAUAUAUAUCAACAGGCUACACUUCUGUAUCUCUAUACCAUAUUGGACACAGCCGGUCACGAUGCACAAGGCAUACAUGCUACUACAAUCCAGGGGGCGGUUACUAAAGCAAUGUUAUAUCUAGAUCAACUUCCGCCUACUAGGCAAAUAAACACGAGCCUCUGUUGGCCAAUCGCGGUCGUGGGUUCUUGCGUGACGUGUCGGCAACAGCAGGAUAAAAUUCGGAUUCGACUGAAUACUAUGUCGGACACGAUCGGACUGGGAAAUAUUGUAAGAACCCGUGAUAUCCUGGAGCAUAUGUGGUCGGGGGCCGAGACUGGGCCGUGGGAGCUAUCGAAGGCGAUGCAAACAGCAGAAAUCUGGAUCUCAUUCGCAUAA